ACGAUGCAAUAUCUGAAAUGUUCAAACUAUAUUUUGUUUCAGUAAUACUUUUGCUUUUCACAGUAGCAGAGGCUCAAUUUCGACCAGGUGGUCCGAAUCGCUUCGGGCCACCACGUCCAGGUGGUUCACGACAAGGAGGCGGGGGACCCGGUGGCCCACCGCCUUUUGGAUUUCAGCCACGUCCGGGUCUCCCUGGACCAGGACCUAGACCACCAGGGCCAAUACCACCAGGACCAAUACCACCACCACUACAGCCACCAGUGCCACGCCCACCACCAGUACCACGUCCACCACCAGUUCAACCACCGCCAACACCGCAACCACAACCACAACCACAGCUGGAUAAUCUGCGCCUCUGCACUUUCACGGAGGUGGCCCAAAAUAAGUGUCUCUACACGCUGCAGGCGGCUGCCAACGCUUCCAUAGAUCUCAAGUUGCAGUGCGUACAAAAUAGUUCCUUCGCCGCCUGCCUAAGUGCGAUCCAAACGUCUGCGGCUGACUUGGUGGUAGCCGACGAUCAUGAUUACAAGGCAGCACGUGCCGCCAAUCUAACAACGGUACUGUAUGCGCACGAAAGCUUGACCGACUACUAUGUGGCCGUGGCGCCCAGCAACAUUACACUGAUCGAACUGGAAGAGGCGGCUAUAGAUGUCAACGUGUCGAAUCAUCGCGCUUUCGAUGCCGCCGCUUUCUUCAAUCUCCAACGUGGUCAUGACAUAUGUCGGCAGUCUGCCCGUGACACUGUUACCAUUCAGAUUGUGAAUACGGCGGAAUACAAUGCCACCGGAGAUGAGCUGCUGAUUUGCGCCAAUCGCUCGGUUGCCGAGUGGAGUGAUUACAGCACGUGCAACGUCGAAGCGAGUUUGGAGCGCGCAGUUUUCGCUGCAAAGCCUUUGGCGGCCAAUGCUGGCUUCAGGUGUCUCGUGCAGAGUACUUUCGACAGAAUUCUAAACAGUUUCGGUCCGGCAAGCACUAUCUGGAAUUUCUUUGCCGAUUUCCAAAAUACAACCGAUGUUAUCUUCAAGAAUAACACAAUUGGAUUUUCGCAAAGCCCCAUUAUCAGAAAUGGCGUCACUGAGCAAUUAUUUAGCCAACUGCAUUGCAAUAACUUAACGGCACACGAUUCUAGCGAACUGGAAUGAGUUAAUGGAAGUCUUAAAUAUACAAACAUACAUAUAUACAUAUAUCCCCGAAAUCAAAAAUAAAUACCUAUAUACAUACAUACAUAAAA